AUGAAUGGAUCCAGGCGUCAUUACCAAACUGCACCACAGUCCACAGGAGGCAGAGACAGUUCACCUCACGCCAUCGUUUCUGCGCCCCAUUACCCCGCCACGCCCCAUAAGCACAGCGGAGACCCGGCCGCCACAGGCUCGGGGACGUGGGGAUAUAUUUCAACCUGUGGAGUGGAGCUCGGAAAGAUAUUGAGUUGGGACCCCAAGGCUCCCAGAGGAGAGAAGGGGCCAGGGGAGGGCAAGGGACUAGGGGAGGGAAGGGGACCAGGGGAGAGCAUGGGACCAGGGGAGAGCAAGGGACCAGGGGAGAGCAUGGGACCAGGGGAGAGCAUGGGACCAGGGGAGAGCAUGGGACCAGGGGAGAGCAUGGGACCAGGGGAGAGCAAGGGACCAGGGGAGAGCAUGGGACCAGGGGAGAGCAUGGGACCAGGGGAGAGCAAGGGACCAGGGGAGAGCAGAGAACCAUGGGAGAGCAGGGAACCAUGGGAGAGCAAGGGACCAUGGGAGAGCAAUGGACCAGGCACAACAAGAGGCCAGACACUCUACGUGGCGCUACAUAAAUCCUAG